GGCAAUUCGCUAUUAAACAGGAAGAAGAAGAAGAAGAAGGUAGCCGGAUAUACUUGUUUGUAUGAACCCCACCUCUGCAGGUGGCUCUGACCCACUGUAUACUGGAAACCGAGUCCAUCACAGAACAACAAGAUGGGGCUGCUGUCUGAUCCAAACAGAAGACGGGCUUUGAUCAGCCUGCUCACCCGCCUCAAUGCCCCAAUCUGUGUGGUCUGCUACAUGGCGGGUGUGGCCUGGUUCAUGGGGUUGGCAUUUGAGCCGUUCACUCUGCGGACGUACAUGUCAGAGAACGCUAUGGGUUCUACCAUGGUGGAGGAGCGUUUUCCAGCCGGGGAGAGGGCACUGGCCACGGGCAGAGAGUUUGCAGCACAUAAGAAGAAAGUAGGUGGGAUGCCAGUGGAUUGGCUGGUGAGGACUAUGCAGGCUCGAGGUCUGGAGGUGUUCACUCAGAGCUUCUCUCGCACUCUGCCCUUCCCUGAUGAAAACAAAGAGAGAUAUAUGGUGAGAGGUACAAACGUAUAUGGGAUCCUUCGUGCUCCUAGAGCUCCACGGACUGAAGCUCUGGUGCUGAGUGCCCCCUGCAGCCCCGGCGAUAACAACAACCAGGCUGUGGGACUGCUGCUUGGUUUGGCACAUUACUUCAGGAAUCAGAUUUACUGGGCCAAGGAUAUCAUAUUCCUCGUGAACGAGCACGAUCUGAUUGGUAUGCAGGCGUGGCUGGAGGGCUACCACCACACCAACACUACAGGUAUGGACUGGUCUCCUCUUCAAGGCCGUGGUGGUUCAAUCCAGGCAGCCCUGUCUCUGGAGCUCAGCAGUGAUGUCAUCACCAGUUUGGACGUGGUACUAGAGGGUCUCAACGGUCAGCUCCCCAACCUGGAUUUAGCCAACCUCUUUUAUGCUUUCUGUCAGAAGAUAGGGGUCCUUUGCACUAUCCAGGGCAAGCUGCAGAGGAAUGACUGGGACAGUGUGUCAGGCUACAGCCACGCAGUCCAGACCAUGAUGAUGAUGGUAAUGAAGCAGGCCAGUGGGCGGCCCUGGGGAGACCAUGGCCUCUUUCUGCGCUACCACAUUGAGGCUGCCACCCUCAAAGGCAUCAACAGCUUCCGCCAGUACAAGACUGAUGCCACCACUAUUGGAAGGCUCCUGGAAGGAAUGUAUCGUAAGCUGAAUAACCUGCUGGAGCGCCUGCACCAGUCCUAUUUCUUCUACCUGAUGCCAUCGCUCUCUCACUUUGUCUCCAUUGGUUACUACAUGCCAGCGUUUGGCCUGCUCGCUGUUAUCCUGCUGCUUCGUGCCUUAGACCUUUGGGUUCAACUGGCAACUCCACCACCAAGAACAGAAGAUGGAGUCGCUGACAUCGAGCAGCAGUCCAGUCCAGGAGUGCUGUCUGUGUUGACUCCUCUGGUGAUCAGCCAUCUGACCGGAGUAGCUCUGUACACGCUGCCGAUCCGGUUUCAGGAGAUGGCAGUGGAACACUUCCCGGUGUCUGAGACUGAGGCUGUGGUCCUCACGGCUAUCGCUGUUUACACCGCAGGACUGGCUUUACCUCAUAACACACACAGACUCCUGUCAGGUGAGGGGACGGAGCAGGGCUGGAGAGUCCUGAAGCUGGUCGCCGUGCUGUACCUGGCUGUGUUGCUGGGCUGCACCGCCCUCAUCAACUUCUCACUGGGCUUUAUCCUGGCUCUCACCCUGGUGCCUGUGGCUGCCUUCGUCACACCCCACGUCCCAAAGGUUCUGUCAGCCUUCAUCAUGGUCAUCCUCAGCCCAGCUUGCACUCUGCUCUUUUCAGUCUUCCUCUACCAAGAGCUGCUGGAAGUGCCCGUCAGCUUCCAAGAUGGUUGGUUGCUCUACCUGUCAGUCAUCUCGCAGGGCAUCCUGGACCACUUCCUCUACGGUUCUCUGGUUUACCCGCUAGUAGCCCUGCUGGUCUAUCCUUGUUGGCUGCUUUUCUGGAACAUCCUCUUCUGGAAGUAGGUGCCAGUCCUGCAGGACCACUGAAGGCAUUGUUUCUCAGGUUUGUCUUCACCGGGGGAAUGUGAAGAUGACAGUUAAAUCCACUGGAGUGAUUGGAAAAGAAGAAGAGGAAUGUCUGUAGUUGAUUUGGGAAGGAUGCUGUGACUCCCUUUUUUUUGGACAUUUUGUUGAUAUUACAAUAUUAACUCCCAAGUAUUUUAUUCCAAAGCUUUGGAGGAUUUCUGAAUGAACAAAACCAUUUUUUAAACAAAGCAAAAUGGACUGAUUUGUUCUUUAAUAUCAGUCUUACAGAUGCAUAAAUGCAUAAAGGAAGAAGAGACUAUCUUUUCCCAAGUAACUAUAAAUGUCAUGUUGGUUUGUUUUCUGUAAUAACUGCAUUUGGUUUAAGGUUUAAAGAUUUUUGUUUGUGGUACAUAAAGAAAAAAUACUGCACUUUUUAUUUUACGUCUUUUAUCAGGCAGGAUGGUAAUGAUGGAAGUAGAGCUGCAACGAUUAGUUGAUUAAUCGAUUAGUCAAUCCACAGAAAAUUAAUCAGCAUCUAUUUUGAUAAUUGAUUAAUCGUCGGUCAUUUUCUGAUAAAUGGCAAGCGUUUCAGCUCCUCAAAUGCGAAGAUUUACUGCAUUUCUUUGUCAUACACAAUAGUAAACUUAAUAAAUUUGGGUUUUGGACUGUUAGCCACAAAAAAAACAAGAUACAGGAUGUCACCUUUGACUGUCAUUUUUCACUAUUUUGACCAAACAGUUAAUCAGUUAAUUGAGAAAAUAAUCAGGAAAUUAAUCGAUAAUAGAAGGAAGAAGUUUAGACAGUACAAACAUGGUAACUGGAACUGGAAACUGGUAAAAAGCUGGUUGGUAGUAUGUCUCUUUCAAGACGUCUGUACAUCUGCAUCUGUCGAACAAGCCGUCGCUGCAUCGCCAUAUUUUUAUACUUGUUUUGAUAACUUUGUUUGAAACAUGUUUAUUUCUUAUUUAUAAAUGCCAAAAUAAUAAAAGACUGAAAAAGUUUGGAUCCCCGUGUUUUCAAGCAUAACGCUUACAUCACAUUACCGCACUUGAUCUGAUAAUGAACACAGAACAUUCAUCCUAAAACCAAAGACACUAAUAUCCACUCAAUUCAAGAACCUUAUAUUAGUCAUUGAAUAAAUAAUUUACACAUAGAUUUCAUGUAAAUUAAAAUUUGCAUUGAGUCAUGGAUCAUUAAAGAAGUUCAGUGAUCAACCACUUAAAAAUAGCAAUAGAUGUGAAUGGAAAGUAGUUUUACUGGAAGUUAGUCUUUGCAUUUAUAACCCUAAAACACUAUACAAUAAAAUCCAAUAUAUCUACGCUAUAAUUAAAGCACUGUGCAGAAUAAAUUCAUCUGUGCCUUGAAAACCUGCUGUACAACUACAAGUUGAUAAAUAGACAUGACAUGAUUUGUUUCAUUAUGUUUAUUCAGCUAAUGCAAUUUUUUUUUUUUUUUUUUUUUUUUUUUUU